AUGAAGGGUCAAAUGAAGGGAGGCGCCAGGCCGGAAACGGCGGCGAACAAGGGCGGUGUGCAUCCCGCGGUGCAAGCAGCCGCCGCGGUUGCCGAGAAGGUCGCGGAGAAGGUUGCCGUCCCUCCGUCUGUGCCGAGCAAGCCCUCGGCCGUGAUCGACGCUGCUGCUGCGGUUGGGCCGCAGAACUGGUUUGACACAAUCACAUCGGAUCCGCUGUCUAUGAGAGUGCACAACUCCCCCUCCCUCUCAUUUCUCAUGCAAAAUACCAAAUCAGGGCUGUCACUCUCACUGUGGCUGUGCCUCUUGGCACUGUUAGCAUGACAAACUCCGGAAGCCCAGACUACAGUACUACAAUCCAGUGUAAACUUGUCAUGCAGAACCGGCAUUCUUGCUGAUGCUUGUAUUGCCGCUCAUGCUACACAAACGAGCGAGGGGGAGGGGGAGGUGUGCACUGUCAUACUGUCCCGGGUUUUCGAUCUCGCGGUGAUUUUCAUCGUGUUCGGGUUCUGCGUCCAUAUGCAAAUGUAAAUUCACAUACACCUGGUGACAUCAUGAGGUGCACAUCUACAGCUGCACAUCUACAGUCGCAUAGACAAAACUCGAUAGCAGGAACGCUCGCUGACAAGCAUGAGAAAUUGUAAUUGUCUUUCUAGAGUUCAUCUUUGUCUACUUAGGCUAGAAGUGGUGAACAGAUUUAUCUUUUAUGUAGUUUUUGUACGUGUACGUCGUCGGUCGUGAAUUUGUAUUGCAUACCUCACACGUAUAUCGAGUACAGUAUGGACAAGGAAAAGGGGGAGCUGCCGGAAGAAGCGGAGCGGGACGUGGAGAAAGAAGACAAGGGAACGACGAAAUCUGGGUAUAAAUGUUUCUUUCGAAUUCAAAUGCAAUGCUCGCAUGACAACUAUGGAUUCUAUUCGAUGCUUUCGCAUGACAAAGAAAUCCAAAACGAGAUGUUGUAAAAAAAAUUAUCAGUUGGAUGAAAGUUUUCGGGCUCGUGCUUUUCGCAGUGAUCGGGUGGGAAUACCGCGGUUGCUUCUCCUGCGCCAUCCAGGAAUACUCGAGUAUUUCUUUACUUACUUAGAUAGGUUACGAAGAAGUUUUUCCGAUUUCACCGCAGAUGUGAUUAAAGGUCGGUCCGCAUGAGGACAACGACAAUUUUCACUUUGUUCUACACAUGCACAUCAAUGGACGUUCAUUGCAUGUUGACACUGGCAUCGUAUUCAUCAAAUUCAAAUCAGCCGUGUGCAAGCUGUGGUUCCAGACGUUUUUUUCCAUGGUGGGGCCGGUGUUUGAAAACUUUGUAUGGCGUUCUCAAACGUUACAUUCUCAACUGUUACCCGAUUUGUCAUGCAAAAGGAACAUCAAGCCCCACAUACAUUCACAUUGUGAAGCUACUUCGCAUGACAAAUUUCGGAAAAGCUAAACAGCAUGGGUGUCUGUGCCGCAUUUGUAAUGCAGCAAGAGUUGCAAGCUCCGGCCUUUCCCUUUUGCCAUUCUUGCAUCACAAAUCCAUGUAACUACAGUUGAGAGUGUAACAGUUGAGAGCGCCAUACUUUGUCUCUGAAGCGUCGAAGAAAAAUCCGUAUGAAGUGGCGACUGCGGUCUCGGUGAUUGCGGGCGGGGCCGUCUUGCUCUGGGCAUUCAAGACGCGGAAGGGCAAGUAAGUGCGAAAGCGAUUGUGGUGCUCGUCGGCUCGUCGCCAUGUACUCGAAGCGAAGCAUCAAAAGCUGGCUUCACAUGCAAAAAGCUAAAACUAAUGAGAAAGAUGUGAAAAUUUCUCUGCCGCCCAAAGGACUGACAAGUUUCAAAAAUGCAGUUGCAGUUUCCAGGAUAGUACUGUCUUAGAUGAAUUUACAAUAGAAUACAGCAGAUUUGAACUCGUCCUCCAACCUACUACUUGUUUGAGUUUGUAAAUAUACCAGCCUCCAAUGAACUCAAAGUUGAAUUAGGCGCCACGACCUGUUACCCGACCCGCCGCGUACAGUACACAGUAAGUGCCUGGAUAAUCCGUUCCUCACCUAUUUGAACUAACCUUUGACGCAACUACAGCUUGCCACUAGAAGUAGAAGAUCCAGAACAAAUUAUGAGAACAGCAGGAAGAUCAAGAUAGUGGCGCCAGCACCCGAAUCAUGCUUUUAAUUUAAGCAUGAUGGGGUCAAGACAAAGUCAGAGAAGAGUAUUUGUCUACAACCGUUGCCGACAGAAGAUACGUUGUGGUUUUUCUUACUUCUAUUGCCGCUCCGAAGAUGAAGG